AUGUCUGUGGCAGCCUCAAUUCAUAUACAGCGGAGCAACACAUCAACGUCUGUCCUGGAAGCAGCAGCAGCAUUGAAUGAUGCGGCGCAAGUUGGCGCCGCUCGACAGGCUGCGUACCAAGUGCGGCCAAUGAAUGACACCCACAACAGGGCACCGGAGGGGCAGGCGCCUGUGGAGGCACUUACGUCAUCGGUAUCCGCUGCCCCGGCCGGUGCACAGACACAGCACGGCCCACGGAAUGUGUCGUCAUUCGCUGCCGAUGCAUCAAGUGAUUCGGCUCCCUCUACCACCAUGUCGUCGUUCAAGCAAGCCGAGCAUAAGCUUUUGAUGAUUCCUGGCCCAAUUGAGGUCGCAGAUGAUGUGCUUCUCUCGAAUGCGCAUCCAUCCAUGGCUCAUGUUUCGCCAGACUUUAUUCCCGUCUUUGGCGAGUCCAUUGAAAUGCUCCGUCAAGUCGCUGAUGCGCCGUCGUCGCAGCCCUUCAUUAUCGCAGGCUCCGGUACGCUUGGUUGGGACUUGGCUGCUGCCAACCUGCUCGAGAAGGAUGAUGAUGUGCUCGUGCUGUCGACCGGCUACUUUGGUGAUAGCUUUGCCGAGUGCAUUGAAGCGUUUGGCGGCAAGCCGAAGCAGCUCUCAGCACCGGCCGGUUCACGGCCGAACCUUGAUGAGUUCGCCUCGCUUUUGAAGGAGAAGAAGUACAAGGCCGUGACUAUCACGCACGUUGACACUUCGACGGGUAUUCUGAUGGACGUGCCAGCCGUCACAAAUGUCGUCAAGUCGGUGAGCCCCGACACGCUAGUGAUUCUUGACGGCGUUUGCAGUGUGGGUUCCGAAGAGAUCCACAUGGAUGCGUGGGGUGUUGAUUUCUUGCUGUUUGCCUCUCAGAAAGGUAUUGGAAUUCCACCCGGUCUCUCGCUCUCUCUCGCGAGUCCCCGUGCCAUUCAGACCUUCCAGAAGCGUUCAUCGCCACCAGCCGGCUUCUACACCUCGUGGAAGAAAUGGCUCCCUGUCAUGAAGGCAUACGAGGGCCGCACUCCCGCGUACUUCGCGACGCCACCGACAAACCUGAUCUACGCGUUGCACACGUCGCUCAAGACCAUGACGCAGGGCCAAGUGUCGUUAUCUCAGCGUUUCCAGAUGCACCGUGACGCCUCGAAGCGCGUGAAGAAGGCGAUUCAAGAUAUGGGUUUGGAGCAGCUGGCACUGCCAGACAGCCGCGAAGACGGCGUGGCUAACGGUAUGACGGCCGUCCGCUACCCCAAGGGCUUAUCAGCUCCUGAUAUUUUGCCGAAGAUGGCUCAGCGCGGCGUGGUCUUUGGUCCAGGUCUUCACAAGGAUUGCAAGAAUGAAUAUUUCCGCAUUGGACACAUGGGUAUUUCGGUUGUCGACCCAAGCCGCGGCGACAUCGACACCAUUCUCAAGAAACUUGAAGAAGUGCUCGUUGAAGCUGGUCACAAGCGUGCCUAA